UAGGUGUGUCUGGUUACUUUCCCUGCAGGAAUUGUCCAGCAACAUCUUUCUGAGAGAGUAAGGUAGUUUUAUUCUCUUUUGCAAGGAAAUUGCGAAAAGUAAACAGACGGUAUUCCUGCACAAGCUUGCAACUAAUCAGCUGAUUUGUCAAAACAAACCAAUUUGUCCCCCUUUAAAAGAAUUAAACGAAAGGAACCACCACCAAUUUCACAAGUUUUAUAAAUAAAAAGGAAAUUGGCAAUAAAAUAAAAGUAUGAGCAAUAAAAGGAAGAUAGAUUUGAUGUGUUCCGCGGAAUCCUUUAAACCAGUUGCUAAUGGCAUUUGUCUAAAAAUGUUGGAAAUAGUCUUUUAUUUUCUUAUAACAUAUUAAUAUUUAUGUUUUUCACAUUUUGUAAAGUUGUUCUCCAAAAACAAUUAGUCUUGUUAAUUCCAAAACAAUAUUUUCAAAUUAAAAGCACAAAAAGAAAUAAGUAAACAAUAGAAAACAUCUGAUUGAAUGUCGAUGAAUGAGAAGAAGAAGAGUUGCAAGAGAUUGCAGGAAGAAAUUUUUCCAGCAAGAAUUUGCAAACUCUCACUGAAAGAACUGUCAAAAUUUCUCUCUCCAACCGCUCUCUUUUGCAGAACUUUUGGGUUAACAGACGACUUCCAGUAACAAUUUGUAACAAUUGUUACAAACUUUAAGGUAACCAGACAUACCUAUUGUGUUAAGUUGCGACGUUACAAAACAAUUGAGCAACGCAAGGCAGCGGAAAGAAACAAAAUUGUACCUGGCUGGUAUUUUAAGCAAUUGGCAUUUUUGCAGCCAAUGAUGGAUCAUUUUACAAUAACCAAACUGGAUUCACAGCGGACAAAUCUGACAAAGGAGCAAAUCAUACAAAUACUUGAGAUAUACAAGAACUUCCCAGUUCUAUGGAAUACUUCAUUGGUUGAAAACGUUUGUUCCAACAAACGACAAGAGGCUCUCGAACGAAUGUUGAAGCCAAUUCACAAAGAAAUGGGCUUAAAAAUUAAUGUUAGUAUUUUGCAACAAUAUUUGGAUAGUAUUCAUGCACAUUUAUCCAAAGAGAAGACCAUGCUUCUCAAAAACAAUAAGAAUAAUGAAAACAUUUCCAUGUACUAUGAUCACAUGAAGUUUUUACACGAUCAUGUUGGGCCUUUUUGCUGUGGCAUUUGUGGGCGAAGGAAUAGAAGCCCACUUCAUUUAAAGGUGCACAUCUAUCAGAAACAUAAUCGCAACGAUCCGCUUCGAUGUCCAAUGUGUAACAAGAUUUAUCAGCAGAUGGAACCCUAUGUCGCACAUGCCAGACGCCAUAUGAAUGACUUACGGGUCGAAUGCAAGGAAUGUGGAAUGUUCAUAAGACAUGCCGAUCUGCGAGUACAUAUGUAUACUCAUACCGGAAUAAAGUCAUAUUGUUGUGAAGUAUGUGGUUCUGUAUUUACCACAGCUUCAGCGUUAGUUGAUCACAAACGUCGCCACGAAAAGCUGUAUAAAGUAUUUUGUGAAAUUUGUUCGAAGGGAUUUUACUACGAUGAAAAGUUGAGAGAACAUAUGACCACACAUACCAAUAUACGCAAUUAUGCAUGCGGUAUUUGUGGCAAGAAAUUUAAAGCCAAAAAGACACUUAAGGCACACAAAUCUACACAUGAGGAAGGCCGUAACCAUCCAUGCCCACUGUGCGGAAAAAUGUACAAGAAUAAAAUCGGCGUUUCCCAGCAUUUGAGAACACAUCGCUCAAAUGUUGGCACAAAAACGAAAUUGCAAAAUAAAACAAAAGCUUAAUUUU